AUGAUGGUCGCCGUUGCCACGAUCUCAAUUUUCGAAAACCGCUUCUUUCUCCUUUUUGCUGAAAACUCCUGGUGGCGUCAUGGUCGAAAAUUCUUCUAUCUCAUCAAUUAUUCACUUGCCCUUCUUUAUUUUCUACCUACCGUACUCCUAGUCCCCGAUCAGGACCUCGCAAGAAAGGAAGUCUUCAAAAUGUACCCAAAAGUGGUCCAUUUUCACACUCCGGACCAUCCAAUCUAUGUGGUUGCGUAUGAUUGGGAAAUUCGAGAAUGGAUUGGGUAUCGACAGUUGAUUAGUUUGGGUACUGUAAUUGUGGAAGGGUCCACUUUUUUGUUCUUGUUGCAUUUCAAUAUCUGGUGGUCCACCAAGAGAAUGACAAUGUCACAAAAUACAUUGGGGAUGCAGAGGAGGUUCUUGAAAGCUGUUUACAUGCAGAUCGCCAUUCCCGCUACCAUCAUGAUUGUCCCUCAAAUUAUAAUGAUCCUACUGGGAUAUUUAUACCUAAACACCACGGAAAUGAACAGUAUCGCCUAUAUGCUAAUGGCCAUACAUGAAAGAGGAUUAUCUUUUGUUACUCUUGAAAAUAACCGUCCGAGAUUUUCAAAGUAUGCGGCAGUGGGAUUCUGGGUGAAUGGAUUCAGGAAAACCACUUGUCAAGAGAAAACGUACUCAAAAAAUAAAUGUAAUGGGACCAAUGACGGCAGAUGCACGCUGGGAGUGCUUGAGACAACACAGCUUAUGCCAAAAAUGCCUCUCCUACCAACAACAAAGGCACCAGUGUCCUUCCGGUGUCCUAAUCGAUUUUGGAUGCUACUACUGCAAGGAAGAGGUCCACAACUCAGCACUCUGCAGGAUCCCAAAGACUGUGGUCGAUACAAAAUACUUCAUGCCAGGUGGACCCAAAGACUCACGCGAAAGACAACCAACUCCAGAUCUGAACAUGAACACAGAAAACGACCAAUAUUAUCAAUGGGAUCGACGUCGCCAACAGGAGCCAAUUGA